CUCCUCUAAUUUCUAUUAAUUAUGACUUGAAAUGAGUGAGACUUUGUUGAUUUCCGAUUGGAGACAUAGCAUACGGUGUAGCCUACUGGAGCUCAUCAACUGGACUCAACUACAGCAUUGAAAAUCCUCACUACAGAACAAAUAGUCAGACCAUCAUUACUACAGCUUUAUUGCAUCUUUGCCUUUCGUCCUUCUGUCUGUCCACUUCUGCGUUGGUAUUUUUGCUCGAACAGCAAACUUAGAGAAUGGAUGGGCUGCUGCGAUGCACCACACCCAACUCUAACCUGGUAUUCAGACACCCUCCAUUGCUGUCCUCCUCCCCUUUUGCUACCCUUUCACUUCACAAGGCUAGGUUAUCCUAGCCGCCGGCAGUACCAAAUAAUUUUGCCCUCAAUUUCACUCUUGGCCACCGCUUCUUUUCAAACACGGCCAACCCCUCGGUGCGUUCUUCAUCUGCGUCUGAUGGAACUAGAAAGGUAAUCCUUUUAACCUUCUGAAAUGCUAAUUCCUGCCAUCCAUUUUGAGAGAAUGCGUUGCUCCAUGUCUCUUCCUUAUUUUGUUCAAAACUUACACCUGCUUGUGAUAUGUCUCUAACCUUGAAUAAGCUACGAGAAUCUUCUCAUUGAUCUUGAAACUCACAGGAUGUUUUAGAUUUUAUUGAGGCUGAAUGAUGGACUUGUUAUAGAAGCAGUCGUGAUACCAUGUGAUAGAGAGGUAGGACGACAGUUGUCAGUUCUGCUACACUGGCAGGAACCACUUUAGGCUAUAUGAUCUUCAUGUUUCUUGGCUGCUUCAUGCUGCAUUUCCUUGAUCGAUUUUGCAGGAUGAGGCAGCCGAGAUAGUAGAGCAAGCUGUAUUUGCAAGGCAUCUGCUCACAAGUGAAGUUGGUUGUAUCACUAACGUGGUCUUCAUAGUAGUUGUAGUCUCAACUGUCAACAUAACUUCAGAUUUAGAUGAUCUAAAGUGGUUCCUGAAACAAACUGAUUUUAAUUUUAAAUGGCUGCUACUUUUUGAUGAUCCGCAGGGAAUGGAAGAACCUCUUCAGAACAUUGAAAAUGUAAUAAAAGUACAUAAUGGUGGAUGAGCAAGGACUUCAGUUCAGCCCCCGGAAGGCCACUGUUUCUGCAGGCGGGCUUGUUCCCGAACUCGAGCGAUUUCUCCAUGAAUCGAACUCUGCUUUGGCUGUCAGUCUAAAUGCAACAACUGAUGAGGUAAGAAACUGCAUCAUGCCAACUGCAAGCAUAAUAUCGGCUUGCUUCUCGACACACUGCAUCAGGAGCUUCAAUUCUAGAACAAGUACAAAGUGCUGUUGUUGGAGUAUGUAAUGCUUGCUGGUGUAGCUGACAGCGUUGAGGAUGCAAGGAAGUUGAUCUAUCUAGUUAAAGGCAUUCCGUGCAAGAUUAAUCUCAUUCAGUUUAAUCCUCACUGUGGCUCCCAAUUCAGACCAACCAGCAUGGACAGAAUGAUCGAGUUCCGUAAUCUACUAGCACAAGGAAACUGCUCAUUGUUAGCAGAGCAGAGGUGAGGACCAGAUGGCUGCUUGCGGGGAGCUGGGGCUUGGGAAGCCCAGGACAUUCCAGGCUUCUGUCCUCCGAGUCCCUGAGCAGUUCCAGGCUUCAUGUUAAUGAUAUUAUUAUUAUUAUUAUGAAUUUAACAUAGAAUUAGUGAACGAUGUUUGCAUGUUUGUACUUUGUAUGCUAGUUAAAGACCAAAUCGAAAAUAUUCUUUUUUUUUUUGGUAAAAAUCGAAAAUAUUCUGAUUCGUCAAUCCUCAUAAUUGGUACUUACAGAAGAGAGGAGUUUUAUAUGCCUUGCGCAUCACGAAAGCAGGUUUUCUGU